CUCUAUUUCUUGUAAGCACUAACAGCAGCAUACAUUCACCAACAACGCCACUGCCUCUGCAAAUCCCACUACAGGCAACCCAGCUGACGCACUUCUUCUCUGCGUUAUGCUCUUCGGAUUUGCUGCUUACUUAGCAAACUGAGGGAUAUGAUCCGGCCCUUCUGCAUAUUUCCCUGGGACACUUGACUGGUUUUAAUCGCAAACUCGGAAUAGCACUUGGAAAUCGCCCAACCCACCCCGCCAUUCCACCCCCAGCGCAAGCUGAGACAAGAACUCAACAACGUGAGAGCAAGGCUCACACAACAUUUCCUCCUUCACAGUCCUCCAAAAUGUCCGAAAUAGACCCCUUAGUCCUCGCCUACUCCCACCUCCACCACCUUCCCCAGCCCUCCUCCGCCCUCCACCUCCUCAAAAAGAUCGCUUCCCUCGUGAAACCGCUUAUGCGCGCCCGCGGCUGGCGCGUCCGCGAGCUGGGCGAGUUCUACCCGGAGCAAGACAACCUCCUGGGACUGAACAUCAACCGCGGCGCCAAGAUCCUUCUCCGUCUUCGCUACCCCUCCGACAAGUCCCUAUUCCUGCCCAUCGAGCAGGUCGCAGACACGAUGCUGCACGAGCUAGCACAUAUCGUUCACGGCCCGCACGACGGCAAGUUCCAUGCGCUGUGGAAUCAGCUGAGGGAUGAGCAUGAGGGGUUGGCGAUGAAGGGCUAUACAGGGGAGGGGUUCUUAUCGGAGGGACGACGGCUGGGGGGUGGUUCUUUUAACAGAGGACAGAUUCCGAUGCAUGAAGCAAAACGGUUGGCGAGGGAGCAGGCCGAGAAGAGAAAGGUGCAAACAACACCAAGUGCCGGGUCGGGACAGAGGCUGGGAGGCACGAGACCUAGGCCGGGUGAGGAUAUAAGGAGGGUGAUUGUUGAUGCGGUGGAGAGGAGGAACAAGACUUUAAAGGGCUGUGGAGUGAAGGAUACGGGCGACGAAGGGCUGGCUGAGCAGGAAAUUCGUAGGAUUGAGGAGCAGGCGACUAGGAAUGGCUUUCGCUCCAAGGCAGAAGAGGAUGAGGCGAACGAGGCGGCGAUUGCGCAGGCGCUGUGGGAACUGGUGCAGGAGGAUGAGAAGAAGAAGUUUGGAAGUGGUUAUGUGGAGCCGAGUAGGGAGUUUCCGGCAGGGAGUCAGGGGGGUUUCCUACAGAAUGAAGAGAAGGGCAGGGGGUUGGCAACGUCGUCUUCGUCUGCAAAACCACCGCCGAUCCCUUACCAUACUAAACCAACAACUAGGCCUACUGUCUCUUCUUCUUCUCCUCCAGCACCCCUCGCAGCAGAACCAUUCAACGAACCCUCGACAGGCUGGGUCUGCAAUAUCUGCACCCUCCACAACCCCGACACAUUCCUCUGUUGCGACGCCUGCGGUACCGAACGCUCACCUCAAGCUUCCACCACCACUGCCCCCGAUCCCAGAAAGAAGACCCCAGGCACCAAAUCCAGUUCUAGUUCCAGAUCCGCUGGAAAGCGUCCAAGCAGCUCGGUGGUCGACCUGACCAAAUCCCCGCCCUCCAUUCGUACACGGCCGUCAUCAAGCUCUCAUGGGUCUAGGUCACAUUCAAACUCCCGAACGGUAUCAGGAACAGGACCGAGCAAAGACAGAGACAAAGCAAAAUCCAUCCUCCAAGCUCAAGCCGAAGCCGAAGCCGCUCGCCGUAAAUUGCUCCGCGAGACGUGGCAGUGCUCGUUCUGCGGACAGAGGAUGGAGAAGCAGUGGUGGACUUGCUCUACGUGCGGGAAGAUGAAGGAUAGUUCCAGAUGAUUAAUGACGGGUAGGUAUGGUAGGGUAUGGGUAACGAUGUCAUGAUUGAUUAUGUGCAUUUGACGGCUGAGUAAUGGAUCACAAUAAAAUAACGCAAGAUAGGUUGUGAGG